AAGGCACAUGUUCAAGGCACUGAUUGACAUGUUUAUUAUAAUACAUUUGUUUAUUGCAAAUGCUUCAAAAUUUGAAUAAAUAAUUGUCACGCGUGCUUAUUGAAGGCGGCAUAAUUUAGCACAAAGAACCCACAGUUUUUGCACACACAUCAACAUUAAUAUUAAGUGUCAGAUUGAACAACGAGGAUUUCAUCUCCUAAAUAUAACAAAACAUGAAACCGCAUAAGUUUUGAGUGAAAAACUAAGGAUAUUAAAAUAUCUGUACGGAUUCUUUACCACUUCUGAUACACAAUUUGCGGUUAAAAGCACGUUCUGGCAGAUUAAUCUAUGAUUUUGAAAGCGAAUACUAUUACUUCAACACGUUAUCAUUCGGAAGAAGUCAUCCUAGCGCUUUUAAGCGGUUUGGUUCGGGAUUUAUUAAACAGUCAUACGUUUCUUUAUGACUCGUAGCAUAAUCAUCGCGAUUGUGAAUAAGCAUAUGCAAGAACAAGUUUGCGCAUACCCAUGAAUGUUCAAUGAAGAGAAUAAAUAUCGUGCUAAGAAGUGAACAAAACUGUUUAUGAUUUAUAGAUAUAGACCUUGUGUUGCUUGUCAACUGGAAAUGGUAAUAUUGUGUUUAUUUUCGUCCUUGAAAAGUUUUAUAUUGAUAAUAAUACGCUGGGGUCUAUGUUUAUACGUGGCAUGCAAGAGGCCAUUUGACUUUUUUCAUAUGAAGGAUAUUAUUCCGAAACUUCACUCCCGAAAAUCGUCGCUUGCGAUUCACCUUGUUCGCAGGCGCGGAUUCCUUAGCCGCCCUUUCCGGCCACCGUGGUUUCUGCGCAACGGCUAUAUGCAGACCCUGUUAGGAUUGUUAAACACACCGAACGCUGACGUAAGUUUUCGGCGCGAAUACAUUCGGAGCGGUAAAGGCGUCGUCGCUAUUGAUUGGUUAGCCAUUGACGAGCAAAUUGAGCUUCGCAGAAACAGUCCGAUUAUUCUUAUGUUUCCUCGUCUUACCGGCGAUGCACUGAGUGUAGCGGCACUCUGUAUACAAGCAGCGAAAAGGGGAUUCCGACCGGUGGUUUUCAAUCGAAGGGGUCAUGGAAACAGUCUACUGACGUCACCAAAACUAACUAGUACCGGCGACCCCAGCGAUGCGCGGGAAGUGAUAACCUACAUUUUAGAGUGCUACCCUUUCGUGCCGCUUCUAGGGGUCGGAAUUGGGGCCGGAUGCGCAACCUUGUUCUCCUAUCUGGGAGAGUACGGGUCCUCUUCGCAAAUCAAAGCGGCGGUGUGUAUUUCCCCGUCGUAUGACAACACGGAAAAAUUCUUCGAACAAAUACCGAAACUGUACGAGCUAAUACUUCUCAUCAGCUUGAAGCGGAUGUUGUUGAAUUACUGGAAGGCCUUGCACAAGGUCAUUGACAUUAAGGCGGUGAUUUUGAGGGCAUGGACUCUGAAGGAGUUCGACUACCAUGUCUACUGCAAGAUGUACGGCAUAGAGGCGUUCGAAGCGUUCUGGAAACGUAACGACCCGAUGCGUGACGUCGACGAUAUUGCCGUGCCCGUGUUGUGCGUGAACAGCAUGGACGAUUGCGUUUCGGUGCACGAGAACAUUCCACUCGACGUGUUCCGACUGUACCCGAACUUGUUUCUAGUCAUGUUGGACAAGGGAGGCCACUGCGCGUUCAUGGAGAACGUCAAAGGGACGUCAUAUGCCGACAACAUGACGUUAACUUUCUUAGAAGGAGUUCUUGAGUUUUUCUCGAAUUCUAGAUACUGGUUUAAGUGACAAUCUGUUGAAUCGUUUGAUAACUAGUAUUUAUGUUUUACUUGAUGUAAUAUAUAAAAGUCAUUAUCAGCACUUCCUUGAAGUCAUUAUCACGUUCCUUGAUUUAAAAGUAUAUUCGUUUAAGAGACAUGUCUUAAAUAACGUUUGAUUGGUUAUUGAACAUGACUAUGCGUACGUGAACUGUUCCAAUGGCAGUUUAUCAGCACUGAAUGUCAUUAACAAAAAAAAGCACGUGUCUAAGCAUGUCAUUGUCAAUGAGGUUUAACCAUUCGUGAUUUAAGGUAAGUUACAAGGUGUAUAGCAUUAAGUCAUUAUCAGUGGUAAAAUGUUUAGUAACGUUUCAUCGACAGGUUGUUACAAGGUAUAAUGAAGUAUGUCUUUGUAUGUGAUAUAAUGUGUCCCGUAUUAUACCAUUGACAUAAAUUGUACGUGUCCAGCAAUAAGCGAUGUUCAGCGACAAAGUGUCUAGCAAACGGUCAUUUUCAGUGGCAACAUUUCUAGCAAAAUGUCAUUGUCAGAGGUAAGACGUCAACAACUUACCAGAGACAGUGUCACGAUUUCCAUCAAUAGGUCAUUCUCAGUGGUAAUUUGUCAAGGAAUAUGUUACUGGCAAAUGGUCAUGUGUCUAGCAAUAUUUAUUUUUGUCAGUAGAAAGAUGUCGAGCAGUUUCAUUGUUUGCUAUAUGAUUUAUGUCAAUAUGUAACUUUGUGUUGUCGAUAGAAAUUACCACUAUGUCUUGCAAUAUAUAACUGACAGUGGUAAUGUGUAUAGAAUCUUAUAAUUCUCCUUGGUAAAAUUCCUGCAAUAUGUCAUAAGCUGUGGCACUGUGUCUAGAAACAUGUUUUGGCUGUGGAAGUGCCGAGCAUUAUUUAAUUGUUAUUGGUUAAGUCUAAAGCAAUAUGUUACUGACAGUGACAAGAUGUCUUACAAUGACAGUGAAAGUGACAAUAUGUCUAACAAUGCUACUCUGAUGUGUAGAAAUGUGUCAUUGAUAUUAAGUUACACAGUGUCCAGCAAUGUCUUGGUCAGUGAUUUGAUUGCAAGCAUGUCAUUGCCCGUGUCGAGGCAAUAUGUGGUUAGGUUUGAAGCAAUAUGUAAUGGUAAGUGGCAAAGUUCCUGGCAAUAUGUCCCUAGCAAUAUCAAUAUUCCCUGCUACAUGUUAUAUAUUGUGGAUACCUGUGUAAUUAUAUAGCAAUCAGUAAUUGAAAGUGGUCCGGUAUGUCGAUAAACAAAAGGAAAUGGUAUUUUGUUACAAUGGUUGUUUGUAAUGAACAGUUGUCAUGAUUGUCAAUGAAUACACCUGUGUCAAUCAGAUAAGCUUUGUCUAUGCAAACACCACUGUCAAUCAGAUGAGGCAUGUCUAUUCAUACACCACUGUCAAUCAGAUUAGGACAUGUCUAUACAUACACCAGUGUCUACCAGAUAUGGGCAUGUCUAUACACACACCAGUUUCAAUCAAAUUAGGACAUGUCUAUACAUACACCUGUGUCAAACAGAUUAGGGCAGGUCUAUGCAUACACCAGUUUGAAUCGACUUAGGACAUGUCUAUACAUACACCUGUGUCAAUCCGAUAAGGGAAUGUCUAUACAUAUAUCAGUGUCAAUCAGAUAAGAGCAUGUCUAUACAGAUACCAGUGUAAAUCAGAUAAGGGCAUGUCUAUACAUACACCUGUGUCAAUAGGAUUAGGCACCUCUAUGCAUACACCUGUGUCAAUCAGAUAAGAAGUAUCAGUUGUAGGAUGUUAUUUAUUACUUGUAGUCAGUGGUAAAGUGUGAUCUGGUAUAAGACAUUCUCAGUGGAAAGGCAUCUUUAAACAUAAUAAUAAAUUGUCAGUGUCAGAGUUAAGGGAUUUCUUAGAACAGAACAUUGUCACUGUGGGAAUGAAAUCAAUGCAUUACAUUAAUGAAUGAUAGUAUUGAAAGGUUGGUCUAAUUUGAACAAAUUUCAAAUAUUUAUAUUCACAUUAAAUAUUUAUUCACACUGUUCCAAUUUCAAUGACAUAUAUCAACCUUACACUGAUGCAAAUAUAUCUUAUUGACUUCACAUUUACAAACUUUCGUCAUUAUUUUUUUAUAAAUUUAGACAUAUUAUUUGGCACAUUUUUGUAACCAAAAUCAUGCACUGUCACUUUUAGAAUUAUUGAUAGAAAAAGCAUUAGCAAUCACAACAAAUUUAUUAGCUAUGAUGGUUUGCAUUUGCAAACUAAUAUUCAGACGUCGACAGAAUUAGCACACAAUUCCUUGGUACACAAACAUCACAAGAUUGUAUAAUGAAAGUGAAUUGUCCCUGCAGAUAGAGAUAUAGCCAAUGGUUUCUAAUAUUUGUAAUAAGCUACUUAAAUUACAUUGGCUGCCAAAAUUGCUGAGAACAUUGCAGAAGUAGUUACUAGUCUAAAUAAUAUGUUGCAUUUGAGAAAAAAGGUUUGCUAAAACAAAUUAUUUUUUCUUAGAACCAACCAAAAUUUCAACUUCAAUUUAAUGAAAAGCUUUUGAUGCAAGAUCCAAGAAUACACUCUGGGAGUUGCAUGGGUUAAGUUUCAAUGGCACUUCUAGCUACAUAGUAUUUAAGGUAACACAGAUAACCUUUAUGUGACCAUAAAAGAAGAAACUGCCAACCUGAUCUGAUAUGUCACUUGUGAGACAUAAGCCAACUCCAGGAGUUACCAUGGUAUGAGUGUGCUGAACUUUCAUGUCAAA